ACUACCUUCCUUCAGACCACAAUCACCAACCACGCCUAAUUGCGAAGCAUGAUGUCCUUACCAACAAUAAGGAGGCGGUCACUCGCUGCGAUAUCCUCUCAGUACUCACUACGCACCGUCCGUCUCUUUUCCGUCUCGACUAUAUCGCAAAAUGCCCCUGCCUCCGAACCCGGAACAACACCAAAGAAACCCCACGGCAUAGACCCCCGAUGGCUGACCAUGACCAAGCGAAGAAUCGGCAGGUGCAUGAUGUUUGGCUUGAAGCCGCUGCAGAUUCAAGAAGCUGGGGAGGUAUUGCAGCAAAUAGCAAAUGACUGGCGGGAAUUGGUCGCUGGCAGCGAAGGCUAUCUGACCGAUGAGACGAGAAGGGGUCUAUUCCAGCAAAAGGUCGCGUGGGGAGAGAUGGAUAGCAUGGGACAUGUCAACAACGUCACAUACCCCCGAUAUGCGGAAACGGCACGGGUAUACUAUACCCGCAACUUCGCCAUGCAUAUUGAUCCGGCUCAUAAGAGAGAGUGGUUAAAUCUUGUCAGCUCGAAAGGCAUCGGUCUAAUUCUCCGAAGCAUCACAAUCGACUACAAAUUCCCCAUGACAUACCCCGAUAAAGUCACAGUGUACCAUAAGCUAGUGCAUGACCCGGCCUCCCCUAAAUCACCUCAUCAUGGGUUCCACCUUCAAGCCAUGAUAAUCUCCGAGGCUCGCCAACGACCUGCUGCCCGUGUUCACGAGGACAUAGUCAUGUAUGACUACAAGGCAAAUAAGAAGACGGAACUCCCACCGUUCGUCUUUGAGCAAUUCAAAGCCACCUGGAAGCUCCAGGAGCAGGCCAAGGAAUUCUGGCAGCAGCGUAUACUCGAUAUCGAAUCGAGGGUUCGCACACUGGAGACGGAGAGUUGGGACCGGGAGGAUGCGGUCGAGGAUACCGGAUCCGCGAAGUAAUGACGCAGCAGCGGGUUCCCGCUUCCAGGCAACUUCGCAUGCCGACAGAACUCAGAUCAACAAUGUAUGUGAAUGAUCGAUCGUAGGACAUUCGUAUAGAUCCAGUUACAACUCACGUACUGUGAGCGCCGUAGGGAGCUGUACCGUAUCGAGCAUACUGGUAAUGUACGAACCUGAACUGCAUACAGUACAUGUAAUUUUACAGGCUGUACUCUUCACUAGAGGUGGCG